UAGUUUCGGUCUCGGAGUCGGGCUGGCGAGGCGUCGUCGUCUUCGCGCUGUUGUAACUUCAGUGUUGGUCAUGUUCGGCGUCGUUCAAACAGCGCUGUAGCACCGUUUAUGCGGUUUAGUGGUGUCGGCUCCGUAGCUACAUACGAUGCGUGUUUUUUAGGUUCGGUAUUGUUGGAAGAUUCGGCGUGUUGUGAUGUGCCUCGGUGUGCUCUGACAUCGCAUCUCGAAGAAACGCCUGUUCGAUUGUCGGAACAAUGUCGGCCCGGACAUUUAGCUCGCGUACGUCGCUAGCUCUUUCACUGGCAGUCAUCUUACUACUUAUCGACCCAGCACACCCGUGGGGAGGGAAGAAAGUGAAGCUCAAGGACGUUGAAGUGCUCACGCUUCGACAGGGACAGUACACAACAGGUCGCAGGUCAAGCCCUGUGCCUCAGCUGACCUGCCUCGGCGGCAGUGCAGGCUGCCAGAAUGCGCCUGCUGUUGUUCAGUGCUACAACCGAGGCAGUGACGGCUAUAGCACUCAGUGGGAGUGCAAGGCCGACAUGAGCAAGUCUCAAAAGUUUGGAACAGUCGAAGUGACAUGCGAAGGCUAUGAUUACGCCGACGAUGAUUACAUCUUGGCUGGAUCAUGUGGUUUGGAGUACCGAUUGGAGAAAACUGGGUAUGGUGGCGGCUCAACAUACGAUUCGUAUAAGCACUCAGCGUACACCUAUGGUUCCAAAUCUGGUUCAACCUUUCAAACAAUCCUCUUCCUUGCUGUGGUCGCGUUCGUCAUCUACGCAAUAUACCGGACUUGCCUCGCUCCUGGCAUGGAUGAUGCCCCUCCGGCCUACGAUGACGGUCCCCCGCCAGACUAUCCAGGCCCUCCGAGAGGAGGAGGCUUCUUUGGCAGCGGCUUCUUUGGUGGCGGUGGCAGAGGUGGUGGCGUGCCCCCGCCUCCAGGCUUCAGACCUGCUUAUCAAACUGAUGCCAGCUGUGGCUCAGCUCGUGCCCACGGUGCCGGUGGCGUAGGUGGUGGUGGAUUCUGGACUGGGGCGGCCGCAGGCGGCCUGCUGGGAUAUCUCUUGGGAAACAGCAAUAAUGCAGGCUACAGUACUGGGUAUGGAUACCCCAGGGAGGGAACGUUUCGCCCCUCUCCGUCAUUCAGCACAUCAUCAUUUGGCGGUGCUUCAACGUCGAGUGAAACACAUACAUCCUCUGGUUUUGGAGGCACACGUCGAAGGUAGUCAAGAUGGUGCCCAACCAAAAUUCUGAUGCACAGCCUCAUCAAGCACCGAUCUCCCCAUUGUGAUCACCCGAAAUCUUGUCAUUGAAAUAAAAUUAUUUUACCUUUGCA